AAAGACACUGAAGACGCACAAGAGGCGGAAGACGACGAGAACGGCGACGACAAGGAGCACGAUUGCGCCGCACGCAUGGACGAGGACGUGAAGAAAGAAGGACAUGUUUUCCUUCAGCACCACAGGUUUGGAAAGAAGUGGAAGAGCAUGUGGUGCGCGCUGUUCCGGGAAAGUUCUUUUUCCAUCUCCCGUCUGGAAUUGUGGGAAAUCAAAGAUGGCGGCAGCGGUGAGAAGAAGCAAAGGAGCGGCGGCAAACACACCAAGGUGAUCCGUCUGUCCGACUUGGUCCGCGUGAGCGCCGACGUCUACGCGGAGGCGUGUCCCGCCGACUGCGCCCCCUUCCUGCUGGAGACCGUGGACAAGGUUCUGGUGCUGGCGGCCCGCGCCGACCACGUCAGCCACUGGACCACCGCGCUGUGCCAGUUGGCCUUUCCCGUGAGCUGGGAGGAGCCUAGCAAAAGCCGAAAACAACAGCUCAAACAAGAACAAGAAGAAGAAGAAGAAGAAGGAGGCAUACAGGACAACGCUUUGUACAGCGGCGCCGCCGCCGCCGCCACAGGCCGUGACUUCCAGGUGUGUGUGCGAGGUACUACGUCGUCUGAGCGUUGCAGGUUGAAGGGCGACGGUGUUCUGAGAGCCGGCGAGGAUGCGCUUUGCCUGCUGGACAGUCAAGGCGUUACACUCAUGUCCUGGCCAUACAGAUUCCUUCGCCGCUUCGGGCGGGACAAGAGUUGUUUCUCGGUGGAGGCGGGUCGUCGUUGUGCGUCCGGCGAAGGCAAUUUUGAGUUUUGCACCAAAGAAGGUCACUUCCUGUUCCAGGCGGUGGAGGCGGCCAUUAGCCUGCAGCGUGCGCGUCAAACGUCUGAAGGCGCGCCCGUCGGGCACCACCCCUCCCGGAAGGUCAACCCGCCGCCCUUGCCGCCCGCGCCGCUCGCCCCACACAUGGGCGUGGCCUUGGCGCAGACACUGGCGGGGGUCGGCAGGUUGAAGUUGGACGCCGGCGGGGGCCCCUGCGCCCCCGAGCUCCUGGACUCCACCUACUCGCAGGUGUCCUUUCCCGCACUGCGCACGCCGCCGUGCACGCCGCCCCCCCUGUGCGACCCCGGCGAGUACUCGGAGGUGGCGUCGAGCCCGUCGAGCCCGCGUCCCACCCGCCUCUACGACGACGCCCCCGCGUCGCUCUACGGGAAAUCGGAUCACAUUUACGACGAGCCCCGAGUUCAAGAACCGGCUCCCCUUUGGGUCCCGUGUGGCCCGCCCUCCGAAUACGCCGCCCCCGAAGAGCUGAAAGGAGACGCGUGGAGGGUCAUGGCCACCCCCGCCGACCUUCGCCACCAACUCUACUCCGCCCCUAAACGGGGCCGCGGGCCGCUUCCUGUCGCAGAGCAGGAAGCGCGCGAGUUGUACGACGACGUGACGCCGUGUCAGGACGAAGACAUCUUCUGACGGCGCUGACUUACGAGUCGACUCGCUCGUAACUCAAAUCAUUCCCCGUCGAAAUGACUGGAAUGGCCAAAAUCCGUUUUGAAAUAAGAAAAAUAUUACUCAUAAAAGCGUCCAGCAGUAAUAUAAUUUGAUGGUGCUAUUGCAUCUUGAUUGGCCACCGUGGUAUGGAUGGUAGUUUCGAACCAUUGAAGAACUCGUAAGUCACGGUCCCACUAAUCAUAACAAUCACAACCAGCCGUAAAAAUCCCAAUCACAAUUAUAACAUCGCAACUAAUCAUAACAACCAAAAACAAUCACGGCAAUUACAAGCAGAAUUGACAGUUCCACCAAUCACAGCGAGUCGUCCAGGUCCUGAAGGGUCAAAGCAGCCCCGGACCAUCACACCACCACCACCACCGUGUUGUUCUUUUUAUGAAGUGCUGUGUUAUAUUUAUGCCAGGAGUAACGAGACACACGCCUUCCAGAAAUGUCAACUUCCAUACGUCAGUCCAUACAUUCUAGAUGAAAUGGAAGAAGAGCCUUCAUGUUCUUUUUUGUAGGUCGGCCACUCCUGCUCCAUGUUUUCUGCAUUUGUGGAUAAUGGCUCUCCCUAUGGAAUACUAGAGCUCCAGAAAUGGCUUUUGUCACCCUUUCCAGACUGGUAGAUUAAUGAAUGAGUUAAUGAAUUCAUCAAUUACUUUAUUUCUCAUGUGUUCUUGUAUUUCUGGGGAUGGUGGCAUUUUGUUGCCAUUUUUUUGUCAGAUCUUUUGGCCGACUUGAUUUUGUCCACCAGGUUCUGCUGAGGUUAUUUCUUGAUUGAACUGGUGCGGAGGUCAUCAGGCUUGUGUGUGCGGUGAAAAUCAACCAAAGAAUUUGAUUAGCCGCACUUAUUUCCUCACUUAACGCGAGGUGCCAUGACUUUUUGUUGCCUUAAUAAAUAAAAUCACCAUUUAAAAACUU